AUGAAUGUACAACCAAAUGAUAUUGAACCAAUAGAUUAUCAAUCAGUUAAACAAUUAUGUCAAUUUGUAAAUCCACAUAUAUCUGGUAUUAAUACUUCACAAUUAGUUUAUCAAAAAUUAUCAACUAUAGAUUUUAAAAGAUAUGUGCCACGGCUAGUUAAUGAUAUAAAUUAUUCAAAUGCAUGGAUAUUAAAAGAUCAUGAACCAGAGGUUGUUAAACGAUUUAUAAAUAAAGAAGGAGGUCCAGAAUCAUUAGAUUUUAUUGAAUUUUUAAAACCAGAAACUAUAUUAAAAUGUUUGACAUUUGUACCACCAAUUACAGAAGAAGAUGAAUCAAUUAAAAUUCUACAAAAAGCUUAUCCAUUAGCUAGAUUACAUUGUAAUCAUACCGAAAUUAUAAGUACUAUAUUAACUUCUCUUAAUCCAAAGUAUCCAAUUAUAUUAAAUUUUUCACUUGAUCAAUUAUCAUUAUAUAUUGAUAAAAAUUGUUUAAUUAAUUUAUCAAAAAUACUAUAUACACUUAAUAAUUUAAUGAUUCAUGAUAUUUUUACAAAACCAUUUGAAAUUCAACAACAAAUAAUUAAAUUAAAAAUACCUAUUAUCUAUACAUAUGUUUAUGAUUUUAUUGGAUGUUGGAAAAUUUGUGAAAAAAAUGGACAUCAAAUUGAUUAUACAAAUUUAAAACAACUAGCAAGUUCUAUAAAUAACCUAGAUCAUUUUAAUAAAUUAUCUACCUUGUAA